AUGGGGACACAAACAAGUAAAGCUCCUGUAGAUGUAAAGGCCCUCAAGGACAUCUCCAAAAAGAAGGAUCCUAAAGAGAAGCCUGACAUCCAAGCACUUGCAGGGGGGGAUGGUGCUCAGAAAGAGUCCUCAGCUACUGCAUCCCCCCCAGAGCAGCUGGGCUGUCUGGAUCAGGGAGCUGUUACUGGGGAGGAAGCGACUGCACCUGCAGAGCCUCCUGCUGACAAGAAGGACCCCAGAGACCAAUCCGCCAUUACAAUCCAGUCAUGGUGGCGGGGCCAGCUGGUCCGGCGAACACUGCACCAUGCCACACUCUCUGUGCUGGUGAUACAGAGAUGGUGGCGCCAGGUUGCCUUCAAGCAGAGGGAGGAGAGACGGGUAAAGGCAUUGAUGACAUACAUGAGGACUGAAAGGGCGACAGUCCUCCUGCAGUCACUGGUCAGAAGGUGGCUGGUCAGGACCCAGUACAAGAAGUACCAGAGGGCAGCUCUGGUCCUCCAAAACAGCUGGCGCCAGUACACCUAUCACAGAGAGUCCAUGGUGUGGGCUGGGAAAAAGAUGGCAGAUGAAGCCGUGGACUUGAUCAUUGAGAUUGCUGUUGGCUAAGGAAACUCCACAGGGGAAGGCUUCUUACAAAGACAAGCGCCGAGAGUGAAAUA